AUGGCACAAGGGGUGACAGCGGAGGAAUGUUUGGAUCAAUUACCUUCCUCCGUAAUAUAUAAGGAGUUGGGGAGUGCCAAGGACUCCAGUACUGAUGCGCCAUCACUGUGGGAGGCAGGAGGUUUACUACUUUCACUCUUAGAAGAUGAUAAAGUAGAUUAUGUGGUGCGCGCUUGGUAUUUAGCAGCUCGGAAGAAGGGGGAGGGAGGGGACGAUGUGGAAUAUAAAAAAUACUGUAAUUUUUUUUAUUAUUGGAUAGGGGAUAUGUUACAUAGCUCGAAGAAGAGUGAUUCAUUCUCAAUGAAUAUGGGCUUAGCGUACUCAGCAUUAAACAUGUUAGGUGUUCCAAACGCAUGCCAAGAAAUAAACACUACUAAUAAAGUUAACUGGUCCCUCUUCCAAAACAGAAAAACCGUCUUCGACUACUACCACGACUACCAAACUAUAUACAACAACUUACCACCAGCGGACGGUGAUAAGAACUGGUGUGAAACUAAAUACAAAGAUUACCUAAACAAAGUUUCCUCAGUCUAUGAUGCUGCUACGAAGGAUUGCACAACAACAGCAGCUACUAAUAAUAACACUGAUCCUUGUUGUAUCAAAUAUAACGAAGAAAAGUCUGGAGGGAAUGACACAAAGUAUAAGGACCUAUUAGAAAAAGGGUGUGAUGGAGCGGUAACUAAAGCAGUACCUGAACAGUUAAUCACAUUGGAACGAACUGAUUCCCCUACCACCACUGCAAGCACCAUUGCCUCUUCCAUAGCCGCAGUAGGAGGAGGAUUAGCUGCCAUCACAUCUUUCUUUUUAUAUAAGUAUACCAAUUUAUUUUCUGGAUUACGAGGCACCGUCUCCCCUAAAAGAAGCAACAGAAAAAGAAGAUCAACAAACUCUAACUUUGACGACACAUCCAACGACGACGACACCUCAACAUACGAAUCAACAAACUAUAAUGAUCUGCAACGUGUUUUAAAUGCCCGUUACCACAGAGAGUAUAUUUUCUAUAGAAUUCGAAAGGGUAGCAAAUAA